CCUGAGAAACCGACUAGCUCGCAACCUCCCAGUGAUCCGAGAGCCGAGAGAGGAGGUGGACAAGUGGGCCCCGACGACCGCGCGAGGGAAGUGUUGCGCUCAGCCCCACUCCAGGCACGAGGCAGCACACGCUAAGAUUCGCGAAUAUCCUUUCUCACGCUCUCCCCCGUCCGUCUCGACUUUGUUGAUUUCUGCCGCGUAAAAUAAAAGACUUUUUCUCGGAAGUGUAUUUAUUGAUUGAGAAUAGACUACUUAAGUGUUGUGAAAAAGUGCAUUAAGUUACGAUUCUCUCAUCGAUAUGGGAUUCUGGUGAACAGCAGAAAGAAAAAUGAAUCGCUCUAUGUACGCUACAGUGGUGGUGGUGGUGGCGUUGGUGUUGGUGGUCGGCGUCGUGGUGGAGGCGGCUCCUGCUGGCGACGGGAGGAUAGACGAGGGAGGAGUGGCCGCCUUCAGGAGAAGUCUGUACGGGCCGGGAAGGUCUCCCGAACGCCGCGCCAAUAACCAGUGUUCGAGCAAUGCCCGCAAGCAGUACGUGUGCGAACUUGCGCGAAGCAAACCAAGUCCCUCCAGGUGUACACGCUCUGCUGCGACGGCAUCGACAACGCCCAGACGUGGUGCGAGAGCUUCAUCGGCUUCGGUAUUACGGGCGUCUGAAGCCCCGAGACCGAUCCGAAGCUUCAACCUCAUCUUCCUCAUCUGCACAAGUUCCUUCCCAACACACCCAGAAACGAAAAAAGACAUGAUGAAUCUUCGAUGAACAUUCAUUUUUUUUUCUUCUCGCUCGCUCUCUCUUUCUCUGUGUCUCUUUCUCUCUCUCUUUUGUUUUCUCUCUCCCUUCUCUCCGAAUCUCACCCGCUGUCCCACUUGCGAGGCGCCAGGUGGACCAACGAGAUCCUCAAGGCAGCGAACCGCAGGCGACGAAGGAGAAUGGAAGACGGAAAUUAGAAGCUAGACAUAGGAUACCUGAUAAAGAAUGAGAGAUGAAAUAAAAAGCUCGAGAAGUUCUGGAAGACGGCAGGAAAAGGAAUCGGUGGUGGUUUUCGCCGACGAGAAACCGAGGUCCCACUCCAUCUUCGUUUCCGUCGCUGCUGUGGUGUCGAGCUGGAGCGCCUGUGAUGCAAGCUUAAUGAAGCGGCUUUUGACUGUAUAUCUUAAUCUGCUCGGCCCACUUUCACUUAUAGAGAAGUCUCUGGUGCAUAUCUAGGAAUGGCUGUCGUUCAAGAGUUCAAAGAUAUACUGAUAUUAGACUUGGUUGAGUGGCAUACACACUUGAAUAUAUGUGUAUAUGUGUGUGUGUGUAUGUGUGUGUGUGUGUGGAUGUCUGUAUAAGUCUUCUGCAAGGCAACUCGUUUUCCUGUUGCCAGCUGAUGGCAACCACUGUACUGUCUGUAUAAAACCAGUGAGCAAUGUUUAUUAGACAGUUACGCCACAGACCCCAAGCAUACGAACAUAACUUUGCAGCAUUUUCGUUUGUCUUGGAUUUCUGUUAUAAUUGCUAUUAACAUUGUUAUCGGUCUUGUUAUUAUUAUUAUCAUUAUUAUUUUAUUACUAUUAUUAUUAUUAUCAUUAUUAUUAUUAUUACUAUUAUUAUUAUUAUCGUUAUUGAUAUCAUUGCCAUUAAUGUUAUUAUCAUUAUCAUCAUUAUUGUUGUUGCAUUAAUUUGUUAUUAAAACUGGUGUUGUUACCAAUGUUUCUGAUAACAUUAUUGUUAUUGUCACAAGUAUGAUUAUUAGCAGUGCAUUUCUAGUUAAUAUGAUUAUCACUAUCAAUGCAACUAUCCCAGUGUUCAGCCAUGGACGCUGUGAUUCGUAGAGCCCGAAAUAGAGCUUGCUGCAGUGUAGGGUAUAACAGAGGUGUGAGUGAGGGAGUGCCAAGUCCAGAAUGAUAGGUUAAGUGCGAUGUAGAUCCCAGGGUAUGCUAGGUCAGAAUGGCGUUAAGGUCAAGAGAUAUACAAGAGAGGUGUCGCAAAAGUCCAGGAUAUAAACAAUGUAUACAGUUUAGGUCGUGUAAGGUCACAAGGUCAAAAAGUAAGCAAGAGAGAUUGCAAUUUUUCUUCCAAGUGGCUGGCAGGAUCUUCGCAUUCCUCGUGGUUGCAACAGAGUCCUGAGUGACCUUCCCUUAAUUGCAGGUCGAUGCUGUGACCUCGCUUGACCUUGUCCCUCCAAUUACCCAAAGCCUCUCUUGGUACUGUAUAGUUUUUAGUUCAUGUACAAAAAAGAUAUAGAGUUUUAUAUUUUACUUAAGUCUCAAUAUCAUAUUUAUUCAGUUUGUAUUUAUUGCGUGAGUCCCAUAGUGUCUGCAUGCACAAUGUGAUGUCGUGAAUAAAAGCAGAAGCAGAAUUUA